AUGACGGAUAAUCAAGGAAAGUACUAUUGUGCCCCUAGUAAAAUAAUGAUGUUAGAAAUGGGAAUUGAAUUGCUAAAAAGAUACCGGGAGAGAGAUUUGGCCGUAAUUAAUUGCAGAGAUGGAUCCAGCAGUCAGUCGGUAGGUGCUCACGUUGAACUGCACAUCUUUCUUUCUCGCCAGAUCGUUGGCUGUGACCACCAGCUGGGAAGCGCUGUCAAAGAAGAUAACUGCGGGGUCUGCAAUGGUGAUGGGUCCACCUGCCGACUGGUUCGAGGCCAGUACAAGUCCCAGCUCUCCGCCAGUAAACUGGAUGAUACGGUGGUUGCUAUUCCUUAUGGAAGUAGGCAAGUUCGCCUCGUACUGAAAGGACCUGAUCAUUUAUAUUUGGAAACCAAGACUCUCCAAGGUGUGAAGAGUGAAAACAGCCUCAGCUCUACAGGCUCUUUCCUCAUGGACAACUCUAGCAUCGAUUUCCAGAAGUUUCCUGACAAGGAGAUAUUAAGAAUAUCUGGGCCUCUCACAGCAGACUUCACUGUCAAGAUCCGCUAUGCUGGUGCUGCUGACAGUUCAGUUCAGUUUAUCUUCUAUCAGCCUAUCAUUCACCGAUGGAGGGAAACUGAUUUUUUCCCUUGUUCAGCAUCCUGUGGUGGAGGUUAUCAACUGACAUCUGCUGAAUGUUUUGAUCUGAGAAGCAACCGGGUAGUAGCAGACCAAUACUGUCACUAUUAUCCUGAAAAUAUCAAGCCAAAGCCAAAACUUCAAGAAUGUAAUCUGGAUCCCUGUCCUGCAAGUGAUGGAUACAAGCAGAUCAUGCCCUAUGACCUCUACCAUCCCCUUCCUCGAUGGGAGAGUACACCCUGGACCGCCUGUUCCUCGUCAUGUGGAGGAGGCAUUCAAAGCCGCAGCAUCUCAUGUGUGGAAGAAGACAUUCAGGGGCAUAUCAGUCCCGUGGAAGAAUGGAAAUGCAUGUAUACUCCAAAGAUGCCUGUUGUCCAGCCUUGCAAUGUAUUUGACUGCCCAAAGUGGCUUGCUCAGGAAUGGUCUCCGUGCACUGUGACCUGUGGACAAGGACUCAGAUAUCGUGUGGUCCUUUGCAUUGAUCACAGGGGGAUGCAUACAGGAGGCUGUAGUCCUAAAACAAAGCCACACAUAAAAGAAGAAUGCAUCGUGCCCACUCCUUGCUACAAACCCAAAGAGAAACUUCCUGUGGAAGCAAAGUUGCCGUGGUACAAGCAGGCUCAAGAGCUGGAGGAAGGAGCAGUGGUGUCUGAAGAACCAUCGUUUAUUCCUGAGUCUUGGUCCACCUGUAGUGUCACCUGUGGAGUGGGCAGCCAGGUGCGGCUUGUGAAAUGUCAAGUGCUCCUCUCUUUCUCUCAGUCCGUGGCUGACUUGCCCAUCGAUGAAUGUGAAGGUCCCAAACCUGUGUCUCAGAGAGCCUGUUACAGCGGUCCCUGUAGCGGGGAGACAACCGAAUACACCCGAGAGGAAACUGAGCUGCUGUACAGCAGCUUGCAGGAGUUUGAUGAACUCUAUGACUGGGAAUACGAGGGCUUUACAGAGUGUUCAGAGUCCUGUGGAGGAGGUGUCCAGGAGGCCGUAGUGACCUGCUUGAACAAACAAACCAGGGAGACCGCCGACGAGAUGCUGUGUGUUACCAGCCGCCGUCCCCCACAGCUGCUGAAAGCCUGUAGCCUGGACCCCUGUCCCCCAAGAUGGGAGAUUGGUAAAUGGAGCACCUGCAGUCUUACCUGUGGGGUUGGGUUGCAGACACGAGAUGUCUUCUGUUCUCAUCUACUAUCAAGAGAGACUAACGAGACCGUGAUUUUGGCAGAUGAAUUGUGCUAUAAGCCUAAGCCAUCCCUCGUGCAGGCCUGUAAUCGCUUUGACUGCCCACCCUCCUGGUAUCCUACAGAAUGGAAAGAGUGUUCGCAGACAUGCGGUGGUGGUGUCCAGAAGCGAGACGUGCUUUGUAAGCAGCGCCUGGCAGAUGGAAGCUUGUUAGAGCUGCCCGAAACCUUCUGCUCCACACCAAGGCCAGUUACCCAACAAGCCUGCAAAAAUGAGGAUUGUCCCAAUGAGUGGCUUCUCUCUGACUGGACACAGUGUUCAGUGAGCUGUGGAGAGGGCACCCAGAGUCGAAACGCCAUUUGCAGAAAGAUGCUGAAAACUGGGGGUUCUGUCAUCAUCAAUUCCUCACUGUGCCCACCUUUGCCAUUCUCAUCCUUGAUCAGGCCCUGUGCACUAGGCACCUGUGCAAGGCACAACAGGCCAGCUCAUAAGCAAAGCCCCCAUAUUAUGGCCAUAAAGAAAGUCUACAUCCAGACAAGGAAGCAGAAGAAGCUACACUUUAUUGUGGGUGGGUAUGCCUACCUGCUGCCCAAAACCUCUGUUAUUCUCCGAUGCCCCACAAGGAGAUUCCGGAAAUCGAUGAUCACUUGGGAGAAGGAUGACAAGAGGCUUGUCAGCUCAGCUCACAUCACCAUUGCACCCUAUGGGUACAUGAAAAUCCAUCGUUUGAAGCCUUUAGACACUGGGACGUACACCUGCACAGCAGGGCCAGCCCGAGAGCAUUUUGUAAUUAAACUAAUUGGAAGUAACAAGAAGAUCAUUGCUGGGCAGCCAACUGGUAUUAGGGACGAAGAGGCCAUGAGAAAGUCCAGCUUAAAUGAAGCCUUGCGAACACAGGAGAAACAUGUCAAUGGGAUCCUCUUGAAUGGGAGCAAGGCUGAAAAGCGAGGGCAACUUGCUGACCCUAGCAGUUGGUAUGAUGAUAUUGUCUCAAGGCUACUACAGCACAGGGGCUGGCCAGGGGAAAAUCUGGAGUCCUGGGAAGCCCAGGAAUCCACAGAGAGAAACGUAUCCUCAGAGGAGGACCAGAGCCGGGAGUAUAGCCUGCCAUUUACUAUGGUCACAGAGCAGAAACGUUUGGAUGAUAUUAUAAGGAACUUGUCUCAACAGCCUGAGGAGCUUAAAGAUCUCUACACUGAGCAGCUUGUUGUGCAGCUGGCUCAUGAGGUUUUCAAGAGCCACUUGGAGCACCAGGAAUCUGUCCUCAAAGCAUCAAGGCGGAGAGUAGAUUCAGCCUCAGUGGAGUACCCUCUCCACAGACUUGUUUCUGGAUUUACCAGCUCCCUGAGGACAUCAUCUGCUGAAGCAUUUCUUCCCACCUCUGUAGACCUGGCAAAUGGUUUGCGCAGACCUCAUCAAAAGCCUGCCAUCCUCCGAAAGAUUUCAGCAGCACAACAGCUUUCUGCUUCAGAGGUUGUUACCCACCUGGGACAGACGGUGGUCCUAGCCAGUGGCACACUGAGCGUGCUGCUUCACUGCGAAGCAGUGGGAAACCCAAAGCCCACCAUCAGCUGGGCUAAGAAUGGAGAGGAGGUGAAAUACAAUGAUAGGAUGCUACUUCAGCCUGAUGACUCCUUGCAGAUUCUAGCACCCGUGGAAGCUGAUGUGGGUUUCUAUGCUUGCAAUGCGUCCAAUGCCCUGGGAUCUGACUCUGUCUCCAUUGCUGUCACUCUGGCAGGAAAGCCACUGAUAAAGACAACAAGAGCUACUGUGAUCAACACUGAUUCACCUGCUGUCACUGUUGACAUUGGAAGUACAGUGAAAACAAUCCAGAGAGCAAACGUUACCAUUAACUGCCAGGUCGCAGGUGAGAAAUUACUUGGUCUUCCAUACAG